UGUCCACUAAUAUUGAGAUUUGUUGAAUUUAAGAAACCAGAACAAAUAAUUAGACCUAAAUGUUUAUUUUGAUUGGCUAAUUAUUCAUAUUUGAUCUCCUGUUACUAUAAAACAGGGGCAGGCAACCGGGGUCCUGGAGUGCAGCAGGGACUUCAUAUUUUUGAUUUAACCGACCUGGAAGACCAGGUGAGUUGAAUUUAGGCAAUCAUUGAACUGAUCGAUUAGUUGUUGGUCAGGUGUGGUGCCUAGUUGGAAGAAAAUUCUGCACCUAUACCUAUGGCACUCCAGGAGCAGGGUUGCCUACACCUGCUUUAAAUGUUUCAGUAUCUCCAGUAUGAUCCAAAAAAUAUGCAUUCAGCUGAUUCAAACCUCAAAUCAUCACAAUUACUGCAGACAAAGUGAAUGGGGUAGGAAACAUAAUUUAGUGUUUUAAUUUAAUCUACUUUUUUCUACGCCAAAAGUUUUCUAUUUCACAUAAUAGUAGGCCUAUUUAUUUAAUUGUAAGUAUCACAUUUAUGCAUGAUCUCACAUUUACUGUAGCACUUUGAAGCAUCCAUGUAUAGUACUGGUAAACGAGAUUAUAGAUAGGCCUAUUUUCAUCAUCUGCUGCACGCAACAACAAUACAAAAAAAAUCUUAAUUAUGUUAUUUAUGCCCCCACCCCACUCCUAUUCCUCUCAAGGCAGACCGGAGUAACGUCCCUUUUGGAGAGGUGGAGAGGGCGAGUGUCUGAAGGACCAGUGAUUGAUUGUCCGUCAAGAGCUUUCUUGAAUGGAAACCUGUCGCUGAAUUUCUUGAACGCACCGACCUACACCGUGCAGAGCGCGCGGGAUAGCCUCCCCAACUCAGCGCAUGCCGAUACAUCGCAGGCCAGCGUCGAUUUGGACUAAUUUGCUGCUGGCUGCAGCUUCAACAAUAUAUAGCGCAAAGGACUGUAUCUUGGAAAUAAACAGCAACAGGGAGUGGCAGUAAAGCUAACUGUCAUGGACAAUUCAACCUACUUUUAUGAAUGUCCGUGCAAGGGGUUAAACGCUUUUUUGCUGUUUCAAUUUACAUUUUCAUGUGUAAAAUUGUAAUUCGCUACUAAACCCAUUCCGGGACCCUACUUGGAUACCGCCUGCCUCUCACUUAGACUACAGUGUUAACGGGUCCCCUGCAUGUACUGGAACAAUGAAGUUCCAUCUCCACUCCCGGAGGAGAAUAAAGUCUUAUUGGACAAUGUUUUCGUUAAGCAGUCUCACUCGGACGGGGAGUCUCACGCAGAUGUAAAAGAAGAGGCUCCUCUCCUGCCCAGUCCUCCGGUAACACCGUCUAUGUGCUUGCAUCCGACCCUGGCCUCCCCGACGCCAGUUCGGUCCACGGGGAAAAACCAGUGUGCCAACUGCGGCACAGAGAUCCAAGACAGAUACCUACUGAAAGUGAACAAUUUGAAUUGGCACGUGGGAUGUCUGGAGUGUUCAGUCUGCAGAGUAUCAUUACGUCAGCACAAUAGCUGCUACAUCAAAAACAAAGAAAUAUUUUGCAAAUUGGAUUAUUUCAGUAAGUUUGGCACCAAGUGUGGCCAGUGCAGGCGUCAGGUGUAUGCCAGUGACUGGGUGCGGCGGGCACGAGGCAGUGUGUACCACCUGGCCUGCUUUGCCUGCUACUCCUGUAAGAGGCAGCUGUCCACAGGGGAGGAGUUUGGUCUGGUGGAGGGCAGGGUGCUAUGUCGGGCCCACUACGACACCAUGGUGGAGAACCUCCAGAGAGCGGCUGAGAACGGGACGGGUCUCACUUUGGAGGGAGCCUUCCCCUCUGAUCAGGAUGGCCAACCCAAACCAGCCAAGAGAGCACGUACUUCCUUCAGCGCUGAGCAGCUACAGGUGAUGCAGUCUCAGUUUAACCAAGACAACAACCCUGAUGCCCAGACUCUACAGAAGCUGUCAGACAUGACAGGACUGAGCAGACGGGUCAUACAAGUUUGGUUUCAAAACUGCAGAGCAAGACAUAAAAAGCACCCUCCCCCCCAGCACAAUGGUCACCUCCAGGGAGCCCCCCAUCCCCACUCCAGAAUCCCCCCCUCACUGCCAGACAACCUCUACUCCCCCUUUAGCAGUCCCGACAGACCACACCUGCUGGCUCUGCAUGGAUACAUAGACAGUCAUCCCUUCUCGAUGCUGUCCGCCCCUAACCACCUCACCCACCCAGGCAUGGCCUUACCACAGUUACCCAUCAGCCGCUAACUAACACCCCUGAGACCACCACUUCCCCCACAAACUUUAUUUCACAGAACUUUCCAUCCCGCAAAGUUGAGAACAUUUCAACAUUUGCCUCUCCCAUUUUACUAUACAAGAGGACUGCUUGCGGCUUCUUCCCCCUCCAUGGUCUGCAGAUUUGGAAAUAUCACAUUGUCAAUUGGACGGACAGUUUUAUAAUGGCAGCUAGACUUUAGAUCAUCUGUGGAAAAACAUCCCAGUCCAAUAUAAAUAUGAUAAUCAUCAGGACCAGAUUUGACCACCCAUCCAUUGACAGGGAAUAAAUUGGAACUCCGGGACCAGGAUUAGGAACAGGAAGACUCAUCCAACAGGAAAUCUCCUUUCAUUCAUUGUGGAUUAUGAUUUUUCAUCAUCUUAUUCAUCAACUGGUAGUACUAAAGGUAUUUCAUGUUUCAAUUUCCAUCGUUUUAAAUAAUACUUUUUUCUGUCACUCUGUCAGCUUGUUUUCCUGUAUAUAACCCUCCUAUACAUAGACUAUUAUUUAUGUGUAAGGUGACGAUGAAGACUCUUCUGACCUUGUGUGCUGAGAGAGUGUUGAGUGUUGUUAUUUACUUGUUUCAGUUCAGUAAAAUGGAAAGCUUAUGUGUCGCUUUAUUUAUUAAAAAAUAUACUUCACCAAGAAGCACUUUUAAAAAUGUUUUCAAAGGAAAUAAAUAAUUUAUUGUAAAUUGUAAAUAUUUUACUGAUUUAACCAAAUGUGCUUUAAAGGUUGUUGGAAAAAAAUAAGUUGGGAAAUAGAACAUUACACAUAACAUUUAUAGAAAUAAAACUAUUUGGUUUUACAUGGACCCAACAGGAAACAUGAAGGAUUUAAGUUCUAUAAUCGUGUGGAAUAGGGAACAUGCUGUGCAGAAGAUAAAAUACACAAAGUUUAACUAAUUAUUUCACUAACACACACACACACACACAUAUGCAUGCACAUACACAAACACGUUUAUUUUUUACUAAAUACUGCACAAUUUAAACACUUUGCUAUCCAAAUAUAAAUAUUGUACUGUAAAUUGUUGAGCUCCUUCCUGUAGUUAUACUUAUGCAAAAUGUGUUACAUUUUGCAAAAUGUGUUACAAGAUAAUUACAUUAUCUUUAUUUUUGUACUAUUUCUAAUUGUUGUUGCAUUUUCAGGAAGGAACCUGCAAGUAAGCAUUUGAUUGAACUGUGUACACCAUGUGCAUCCUGUGCAUAUGAGAAAUAAACUUAAACGCACGCACACACACACACACACACACUCCCCCCUGAUAGAAGCACCUUACACUCAUUCAACAAUAGUAAAUCCAUUAGGUUACCCAGUAAAGGCCAAGUACCCUUUGUAACCUGUAUUUAACAGCAAUAUUCAUAAGUAUGUAAUGAUCAUGCUACAGGUUUGAGGGUCCCCAAUUUAGUCUCUAUGUGUUUAAUGGCUGCGAAAAUCAAUCCGAUGGCAAUAACCAUUUAAAGCGUUUAACUCUGUGGAUAGUAUUGAUCUAGCACUAUGAUUUAUUCCAUAAGACCUUUUUACUGUGAUAAUCUGAAGUUGUUGUAUUAAUUGACACCACUCAAGCUGCUGUUGUGGCAAGGAAGAGCAUAAUGAACUCUGAGGAAGAUGUAGUCCUGACCGUUUCCUUUGUUAGGGAUCCAAGUCAGUUAUCUAUUGUUAAUACUAACUAAGCCUGAAUUAAUUCCCGCCUUUCCAUUCUAAUGCUAUCUUCAAGUAGGUUGACGGUCCGUUUUCCCUGAUCUUUGAAUUUGAUCAAAUGAGAGAAAAUCCAUCUCAAUGUACCUUGCAUAAAAACUGUAUAACACUUCAA